AAGCAGCAAACCGUGCGCAUGUGUGCGUGCACUGUGUUUAUCCGAACGUGCGGGCGCUGACUGUGUGUGUGCGAGCUGUUUUGGUCGUCUCUCCUGUGGCACUGUGUGGUUCGGAGGAAGAAAAUACUUGAUUGUAUCGAUUCGUGAAAUUCAUUAAUGUGUCUUGCCAAUAUUUCCCAGCGUCGCGUUUUGUUAUGUGUUUACUUUGAGGCCCGUCCCGGACGGUAGUGUGUGCGGGCCCCGUACGGUGCAAACGAGCGAAAAAGGUGCCCGUGCCCCCGUGCUAAUGGCUGCCAGACUGAGCUGUCCGUGUGCGAACCACACAGCAACCUUUAUGCGCUGCCAGUCGCAUUAACGGUGGAGGAGAAUAUGCAAACGCCACGCAAAACAAAGCCCUCGGUUGGUUUGAUACAGUGAAACAAGUAGGCAUUAGAGGUGUGCAUCGAAUCUGAAUCACGCAGAUUGGAUGCGUUUGGUAGGGCCUGCGGCCGACUGUACAUUCUCGAUUCUUCCCUGACACAAAGUAGUAGUGCCCGUGUGUAGAGAGAUAGUAUAAAGCAUACCCAGAAAACAUUGCCCGCACACGAGGGGCAGUAAACGGGGGGUCCAGCGUCUAGCAGUUAGCCUGCCACCAUGGAGGAAGUGCCCGUGGAUGACUGUCCACCCACACCGGAAAUACUUCCACUCUCCGUCACACCGCCCCGUCCGGAGGUGGUGUACAGCUCGUCAUCGGAGGAGGCCGAAGAAACGGCGGACGGUCGCCGCUCACCGCCGCCCAAGUGUGCGAUCUGUCUCGGCAAGUGUCGCCAGCCAGCAUUUGCCAACUCGUGCAAGCAUCAGUUCUGCUUCCGCUGCCUGCUGGAGUGGAGCAAGGUCAAGCCAGAAUGUCCACUGUGCAAGCAGCGAUUCCUGUCGAUCGUGUACUACAAAUCGAUCGACUGCUUCGAGCAGCACACCAUCCCGGUGCCGACCGCGAACGAGGCCCGGGCACGCAACCGGGAAACGUACCACGAGCUGAACCUGUUCCUGUCCAACUCGCCGCGGUUCGCCGCUUACAGCAUACCGUCGAACAUGACGCUGCGCCUGCAGUCGAACAACGACCGGCUGCAGGAGCUGCUGCUGCACCAGUCGAGCGAGGUUGACCGAUUCAUAAGCGAGUUCGGCAACCAGCCGAUCCCGAGCCGGCAGGAUCAGCUCCGGUGGCGACAGUUCGUCUACUCGAACCGACUGUACGCGUGUCCGAUGCCGGAUCUGAACGGACGCUUUCGGGACACGUCGGCCGCAUUUUAUAGAGAAAAUCCGGCACAGAUGCAUCGUGUCCUUUCCUAUAUGCACAGGGAUCUGCUGGUGCUCGGUGUGAACAUAGCGGUGCACGCACCGAACAUGAACGUGCUGGAAGAUCUGCUCCAAACGUACGACAUUGAUUCUCGCGACUUCCUGCUGCGCAUCCUGCGCCACAUGCCGCUGGAAACGGGCGAACACUUCCAGCACGAGUGUACCACCUUUGCCCGCUCGCCGUACGAUAUGAUCGGGUACGAUCGGUGCGUCCAGUACAAUCCGCGCUACUACCAGCCGCGCAGCGGUGAGGUCAUUAUCUCAUCGUCGGAAGAGGACAACGAUGACAUCGUGUAUCUGCCCGAACCGUCCGCCAGCACAUCGUCGACGAACGAGACGUCCAACGGCGGGGCUGCAGCAGGGGAAGGAGGUGCUGGUAACGGUGCGAACGGUGGCAGCAGCAGCUCCGGCACAGCAGGCACCAACCAGCGGACAGGACGAACGGCUGAUGUGCACAUUGAGUUUCGUUCGCUGGUCGAUAGCGCUGGGAAUGAGGAGCUUCAUCCCGUCGUCGUUUCCGCUUCCCAGCCACAACAGCAGCAGCAGCAGCAGCAGCAGGGAGUGAAUGUGCUUCCACGGGUGCCCCUAACCUCUACCGCGGCCUCGAGCGCCGUGCCGACGGAAAACAUCCUCCUCUCGUCGAGCGAUUCGGACGACUGCCAGUUCGUGCUGGCUCAGAAGCCGCCUCAUCUGCGCACACCCGACCACGUGGUCGAUCUGGAAUCGGCCAGCGAUAGUGAUGUGGUGUUCGUGGCAGAAGAACCGCUGGGCGAAGCCGGCCCAACGGCGCGUGGCACGCGCCAGCAGCUGGUAAACUUGAUGAAGAAAGAGACGGCCGCCAACCAGGACUACAACAAUGGCGCAUCGACCAGCUCGGGAUACUGUGGGGGUGGUGGUGCAGGAGGAGCUUGCGGUGGUGGUGGUAAUGGGGGAACCGGAGGCAGCAGUGGCAGUGUGGCGAGUGGUAGCGCCGCACUACGCACAAAGUAUUACGCGCGGCCACGGUUGACGCGCUACUCGGGCGGCAUUGGGGUGAAGAGUAUCUACGAGGCGAGCGAUUCGGACGAUAGCGACUGUGACUCGCUGUUCAAUCUGCCGACGGGCAGGCGUGCGAUCUCGGGGAAGGGUAGCGAAACGGACUCGAACGAUGAUCCGGACUAUGGGCAGCGGAAAAGGAGACGACCGAACAAAAAGAACACGCAGCCCAAGGCGGCGAAGCGUGUGUCGAGGAAGCGGCGUAAUAGGAGUAGCAGCAGCAGCAGCAGUAGUAGCAGUAGCAGCAGCGACAGUAGUAGUAGCAGCAGUAGUAGCAGCAGUAGCCACGAUCGCAGCAGAAGCCUCAGCAGCAGUAGCAGCAGCAGCAGCGAGGAAGAAAGCAAUGGGAGAACGAGCGGUUUGGGCAACACGGGCACUAGCAGCAACACCAGCAGCAGCAGUAGCAACAGUGCCAGCAGAAGCAGCAGCUCGUCCAGUAGCUACGCGUGCGGCAGCAACUGUGCCACUGCGUAUCGCAAGAACGUGAUCGUCGAGAUCGAAUGUGGACGGCAGCUGCGGCGAAACACCAGCCAGCAGCAGGCACACGCCGCCUACAUAACACGGCUAAAGUCGACGCAGACCGAUUCCAAGGGCCGAUCGAAGAAGAAGCGCAGCCGAAAAGCGACCGAGAAGGCAUCGAAACGCGCCGCCAAGGAAAAGAACGUCGCGACGACGACCCCUGCCAAAGCGAAACCGCGUCGUAGUAAGGCGAAAAAGAAGUCAUCGACGGUGGAGAGCGUUGGUGCGAAAGGUGCGGGCGCAAAGUCGAAAGCGAAAUCGAAAUCAUCCAAAUCGCGCAGCGCAUCGGCACGCAGCGGCGGCAGAAGCAAAAAACGUACCAAACCGGCGUCCGAGAACGAGCAGACACGCUCGACGCCGCUGCUGGAGGAAAGCGCAUCCACCGGGGCGCACUACGUCAUCGCGUCAAGACCGUCGGUAUCGCCCACCAUCGACGUGACGACGGUCGAUGGCGCGGAGUGUAGGGAGCGCAAGCUCAAAAGUGUCAUCAUAAAACGAUGCCACUAUACUAAAUCAUCGUCCGGCGGCCGGACGAACGAUGCGAUGGUGGUAGACGAGGAGCCAGCGUCCGGUUCGGGUGUCUCAGGACCGGGUGGUGAGGACGCACCAACCAGCUCGCGGUUGACGGUGGAGGAAGAAACGAACGCGGACGUGAAACAGGAAGAGUCGCUGAAGUGUGAACCAACCGAUGACAACGAUAUACAGCUGUCCUCUUCCAGCGGAUCGUCGACCGACUCGGAGCCGGAGGUCCCGGUAUCGAGCGGAUGGAACAGUUCCCGAUUUUCCUCCGUUAUCGCCGUGCCAGCAGCAACGUGCUCGUCAAGCGUGUCGUUCAAUCCGACGCUCACGUCCGCCGUGCAUCCGCAGCAGCACUGGCCCCUGCAAGACCCGGGCCAACAGUACAUGCAGGCGCAACUUCAACUGCCAACGGCCGACAACGACCAACACCAUCAACCCCCGUGCAGCCUGCUCGAGGUGGACGAAAGCAACACCGGCGCAUCGGAAUCGAUCUUCGAGCCGACGUUAAGCUGGGCGGAAACCAGCCACCACCAACAACAGCAGCACCGUCCGCUCCUGCUGCCCGAGGAUCGUGCCCUUUCUUCGGCGGCCGCCUCCCCCUUCUCGUCGAUAUCAUUCCCACCGUCCACGACGUCCGUUUCGCCGUCACCUUCGCUGUCCUCGCAAUCGCUGGCGCUGCCUGCUUCGGUCGCCUCGCCGCUCCAGCUGAUCGAGAGCAUGGGGACGAUGGACAGCGAUUCGCCGCUGCCCUCGUCCGUCCUCGGGCUCGAUGCGAUCGACGGAACGAUGGACGAAAUCAUGGCAACGGAGGAGGUAGUUAGCAGCGGCGGUGGCGUCAUCGAUGGGGUCGAUGCGGCAAUCGCGCAACCACCGAUCGCUGUGGAAGUGUUGGAGGGGGUCGGUAUGCAGGAUGGCGUGUCGGUCGCACCGUGCGUGCUCGAAGCGCCGCCACCAGCAGCAGCAGCCGAUGGAGGAAGUGCCGGUGUGCAGCUGCAGCUGUGAGAUUUACUGCGCGUUAUCGAUUUUAUCGAUUGGUUGUAACUCAGGACGAAGCAAAUCAUCUUCAAACGGUACGAGGCCUCUACGCGUACGCUGUUGUUACGCUCAAAGACGGAUACGAUGAGAAAUUAUGUUUCUAGCAGCCGGCGGUUACCGUUCUAUGAAACACAUGAAUGAACGGAAAGAAAACGACGGCUCAGUACCAAAAUGUUCGUUGCUAGGGUCACUUGCUAGGGUAUAGGCACUAAAAGUAAAAAAAAGUCGUUAUCCUUAAAAUAAUAGUGGCAUCGGUUGCCCCAAAAGUGUGCGCUUGUUGUUCCAGCGUGCUCUAGCCGCUCGGUGUACACCAUCGGGCAAUGGGUGUGUGAAAGGAAGCGGCAGACCCUUUCUUUAAAGCGACACAGUUUUGCUAAAGCACACAGCGUGUAGGGAUUGUAGACGGUAAGGUAUAGAGACGAGCACACAAGCUAUAGGGCUUCGACACAGCUACCCACUACUCUCACCGAAACUGCCCGAGCGGGUCGUGCAUUAUCCGUAAGUUUGUAAAGUGUAAGCAAUCUGUAAUUGUUUCGUGUAUAUACGUUAAGGUAGCAAAAGUGAACUCCCCAUCGUGUGUUCGGUUUACUCUAGCGCGCGGCAUGCGAGUCUUAGCUCUUUAAGUGAAGUUUUUCAAUCCAAAUCGACAUGUCUAGCUCAUGUUGGUUUGGCGCAGUGUGCAAGAGAGGUUAUGAGAUAGAGAGAGAGAGAGAGAGGAAGAGAGUUAGUGGAAGGUUUAAACGGCAGAAAAGAAAUGCAAGCAGUUUAGCAGCGCUCAGGAUAAUUUUUACUAGAGCAGGAGAUUUGAACUUUGGGACUCGCUCGAAAUGAAAACUGUAUUACGAAUGGUGCGUGCGUGUGUGUGUGUAUCCCGUGACAGUGUGCAAGGUUUUGCGCGACCUUUUGGCUGACAUUUGUAAAGUACUAUUUUCCAAUUCCAAACAAACAAACAAAAAAAAAUACAAUGGCCGUUUCUAUUUCAACGAUAAUAAAACAGAUGAUAAUGAAAUAA